AUGCCUCUGGUCAAGAGAAACAUUGAGCCUCGGCACCUGUGCCACAGUGCCGUACCUGAUGGAAUUGGCAAUGAGCUGGAAUGUGUAACCAACAACACGCUGUCCGCCAUCAUCCGCCAGCUCAGUAGUCUGAGUAAACAUGCAGAAAAUGUUUUUGGAGAACUUUUUAAUGAAGCCAACACCUUUUAUGUGCGUGCAAACUGUCUCCAGGACCGUAUCGAUCGUUUGGCCGACAAGGUCACCCAGCUGGACUCCAGUGUGGAGGAGGUCUCUCUUCAGGACAUAAACAUGAGGAAAGCAUUUAAAAGCUCUACCAUCCAGGACCAGCAGGUUUUGUCUAAGGGCAGCACUCCAAACUCUGUGUCUGAGAUGUACAACAGCAGCGACAGGCCUCCUCCUCUCAGCACCCUCACUGCCUACAGAGAGGAUUCCACUGAUGCGAUGAAAUACUACUCAGACCCGUCAUACUUUUUUGACUUGUGGAAGGAGAAAAUGCUUCAGGACACAGAGGACAAGAGGAAAGAGAGGAGGAGGCAAAGGGAACAGAAGCGAUGUGUGGAAAGUAGCACCCUUCAGCGCGAAGUGAAGAAGGUGAGAAAGGCUCGAAACCGCAGACAAGAGUGGAACAUGAUGGCGUUCGAUAAAGAGCUUCGUCCAGAUCACCGCCAUCCACAGACACUGCGGCGAGGGGCAUCGUCUGAGGGCUCGCUGUCCCCUGACGGCAGGCCCGAACUCCCAGACUACCCCAUCCCUCCAGUGCCUGCCCACGCUGCUUGUAACUAUGCCAAGUCUCAUGAUUACGUGCCUGGGAACGCAAACCCCUCACCACCUGUGGAGCAUGAAUACCACAGCAUUGAUGUCAACUACAAGAGAGUAACCUACUCCGUAGCAGAGCCUCACGCUGCAGACCGAAUGAACAGUUCAAUACGUCCACCUGCAGAUUAUAACUCUGUCCCUCCUCCUCCUGCCCCGGGUCCAGCCAUUCCAUCGGCACAGACGGCCUUUGGUUAUCCUCUGGGUGCACUACCACCAACGCCUCAUAAUGGAGUUUUGCAUGUGGGCCCAGGUUACCCGCUCCCACCUGUACCUCCUCUGGGGCCUCGCACGGUUCCUCCUCCCCCAGGUCCCCCACCUCCACCUCUCCCUCCCCCAGCUGCACCCUCGUACCUAUCAGGACACAGUGAAGGCAGCAGAGCAGAGACUAAAACUGUGAGAGAUGCGAGAAGUGAUCUGCUGUCUGCCAUCCGCAUGGGUAUCCAGCUGAAGAAAGUCCAAGAGCAGCAAGAGCAGCAGAGCAAGCGCGAGCCGGUGGGGAAUGACGUGGCCACCAUCUUGUCCCGGCGUAUUGCGGUGGAGUACAGUGACUCUGAGGACGACUCUGAGCUGGAUGAAAAUGAGUGGUCAGACUGACCAAACACAAAGUGUAGCACCUGCCUGAAGUUUUGCCUCAUUGGAUCUUCAGUGCAAAUAAAGCAAAACUGUGACCUCGACCUAGAGGAUGCCGACCCACUGAGUACCUUCAGUUGAUCUUGUGUUAAUUCUGUGCUGCCACAUUCAUUUCUCACUUCUCAUUGACAGGUGAAUUUUCAGAUCUACUAUAUAGGUUUUUUUUUAAAGUGAUUAUUUGUAUGAUGAAUAUAUGUUUAGUUUUAUACGUCUGAUGUGAUGUGAGCCAUUGGUUUUCUGAAGCUUAAAAAUCUUUAGAAGAUGUGUCCUGCUGAACUGAACUCAACUUCUAAACAAAGAUCUCUCCUGAAAGAAUAAACUGACACCUUGAACGCAUCGUACCCAUCACUCCACUGAUGAAAUGUGCAGCAUUAAAAGUGAUAUCACAGUUAUAGGCCUUUUUCAUUUUGACAUGUCACAGUAAGAAAAACACAGGUGUAAAUAAUAAAAAUGAAUGAUGCCUGAAUUCCAUUUAGCUGCCUCAGUUUCAGGGUCCUGGUAUUGUGCAUAACAGCUUACAGUCACACUGUCUGGGACACUUGAAUGUAACGAGCCAUUGUUAAUGUUAUUAGUCAGACCUGUGCUUUUCCUACCAUGACAAAUGUCAGCUUUGAAAAAGCCCUAUUGUUAAUGAAUGAGUUCAGCGUUAUAAACUUAUAAUAACUGAUAAUAUUUUUAACUGAAUGUGCCCCUCCCUACAUUAUGUGAGUGUUUGAUUCCAUUAUAUAUUUUCCAAAAUGUAAUUGCUACCUCAUUUUGUGUCCUGUGGUAUGUAUAGAGAAUCAUGAACAG